AUGGGAACCAUUGAUACUACAACCAAGCCUAACCUUAAUUUGAAUGAGCGCAAAGCAUUUGAUGAAACCAAAGCUGGUGUCAAAGGACUUGUUGAUGCAGGUAUUAACAAGAUUCCAAACAUUUUUCAUCAUCAACCUGACAACUAUCAGAAAUCCAACAACACAAACCAUGCUAUUCCUGUCAUAGAUCUUGCAGAUAUUAUUCAUAAUAAACAAGAUUCAAGUAUUCAACAAGGGAUUGUUCACAAAAUCAAAGAAGCUUGUGAAACUUGGGGUUUUUUUCAGAUUGUUAAUCAUGGAAUCCCUUUGAGUGUUCUUGAGGAGUUGGAAGAUAGGGUUAAGAGGUUUCAUGAGCAAGAUAUUGAAGUCAAAAAAAGUUUGUAUACAAGAGAUCAAGAUAGAUCAUUCAUUUAUAAUAGCAAUUUUGAUAUUUAUAGCUCACCAGCACUCAAUUGGAGAGAUACUUUUAUGUGUUACUUGGCUCCUGAUACUCCCAAUCCACAAGAUUUUCCUCUAGUAUGCAGAGAUAUAUUGCUAGAAUAUGGGAAACACAUGAUGAAUUUAGGGACUUUACUGUUUGAAUUGUUGUCAAAAGCUUUAGGACUGAAUCCAAACCAUCUAAAAGACAUGGAUUGUGCUGAAGGACUUAUUGCUCUUUGCCAUUAUUAUCCACCAUGUCCUCAACCAGAAUUGACUGUUGGAACAACCAAGCAUUCUGACAAUGAUUUUCUCACAGUGCUUCUACAAGACCAUAUUGGUGGCCUUCAAGUUCUUCAUCAAGAUAAAUGGAUUGAUGUUAAACCAGUCCCUGGGGCUCUCAUAGUUAAUGUUGGAGAUUUUUUGCAGCUUAUAACAAAUGACAGAUUCAAGAGUGUUGAACAUAGAGUAGUUGCUAAUCAUGUCGGUCCAAGAAUAUCUGUUGCAUGCUUUUUCUCCACAGGGUUUAGGUCAUCCUCAAAGCUGUAUGGACCUAUGAAGGAGCUUUUAUCAGAAGACAACCCUCCCAAGUACAGAGAAAUUACAGUGGCUGAAUAUGUAGCCUACUUUAAUGCAAAAGGAUUAGAUGGUACUUCUGCUCUUACACAUUACAGAAUUUGA